CCACAUCUAGGUAUGCAUACUUUCAAAAAUGCCACAGUAGUUAUUCUGGGUUGGGGAUUGCUCUGUUGCUCUCUGGGCGCAAUAAUAUCGAAAGAAUAUGACGGAGCUGUUCCCCUGUACCGUCGAGCAAGCGACGAAGAGCCGCCCAUGUCUCCAACAUUUGCAAAUUUGGAUGACAUUGAAGAUGUAGGGCCUUACAGCUCAUUUCCAUACCAGCAAUUGCCGUCAAAAAAUGACAAUUUGCCUGUACAACAUCUCGAGCAACAUACGCCAGCCAACGAGCACAUCGAACAACAAAGCGCAAGUCUUACAGAUACAGCAAAGAAACUAAAGGAAAACAAAGAGAGACUUUCUGAUAGACAGCGAAAAUAUCGCCAAAAACUGAAAAGCGAUCCAAAGAGGUACAAAAUGUUUAGGGAAAAACAUGCUGAAGCACAGAAUAGAAGAAUGAGAAGAUUUCGAGCAAAGAUAAAGGAACUUGAAAGAACAGGCCAACUCAGUGACAAACAGAAAGAACAGAUAGAAAGAACACGAUUUAAAAGUCGAUUGAGAUCGAAAAAGCAUUAUGACAAGUUCAAAAAGAAGAAAUCGUAG